AGGGAGUCCAUUCUCCAAGAGGCCUGCUGUGCUUAUUGCUCCAGGCUGGGCGCCUGAGUGAGGGGGCUCUCACAUGAUUGCAGCUUAUGACUUACUUGUGAAUAAGGAAACUACUGAACUUCCCAGCUGCUCUUUUUCAGAGCAGUUUCCCUGCAGAAGGAAAACAAAGUUCUGUGCGAUCAAAUGCCCAUAUCAUUGAUGACACUUUUUCUUUUGUGGCUCUUCCUUUUGAUUUUAGCCAGUGGCUGCAUGCAGUCAGGAGAAGGUUUAUCCUUUAAAAGCUAGGAACAUGGAUGUUUGUCUGCAACUCUUCUGCUGUUGCUGCAGACAAGAGGAGCCAGAAAAAAAUCCACUCAUCAGGAGUGAGACGCUCCAGUACUUCAACCAGCUGGUGAAGCGCAAACGGGCUGAGGCCACCAACCUGUGGAACGAGCCCGUGGAUUCCACCCACAUGGAGCGGGAUGACGACCGGGAGCUCUACAACCUGCUGCAGAAGCGGGCCAAGCUGCGCCGGGGGUCAGAGGGGUACCGGCGCCUGAGCUUUGACAUCAGUGCCCACCGGCAGAUCCGCCGCGAGGUGAAGGACCGGUGGAAGCACAUCCUGGAGGCCUUAGGUAUGGACACAAGCUUGGUCAAGGGAAGCAGGGGCAGCUGGACAGCUCUGCCCUCCCUCCUGAUUCAGAUGCCAGUAGUUAGGGCACCCCCCCUGAAGCUGUGGUGGACAUGGGCUGGGCUGGGCUGUGCCCUUGCUCCCAGAAGGUAGCCCUUUGGGCUGGGGGUCAUCCUGUCCUCACUCCAUGCCCUGUGCUAGGCCACUGGGAUGCCAGCAUGGCCCCUUGAUGAUU